AUGAGCGUAGCCACAUCCACAAUAGUUGGCGCGUUAGCAUGCCAGCGCAACUCGUUCCUCAAGACAUUCAACACCAAAGUAGUAUCAAGCUAUGAAUUCGUCCCACCAAAGACAUCGAAACAAAAGCAAGCUAAAACCCCAGCCACGGAAAUGAAAUAUGGCGUAGAAUUCCAAGACACCAUCUUGUUCCCCGAAGGAGGAGGACAGCCUUACGACAAAGGCACCAUCACCAUCCUCUCAGACAAUGACAAUGACAAUGACAAGGAAAAUGUCACUAGCUAUCAAGUCGAUUCCAUCUUGCGCGACAAGUUGAAAGCGGUGCACAUUGUCGAGUCGCCGAUCCCCGUGGGCACACCAGUUCAAUUGCAGCUCGACUGGCCGCGCCGAUUAGAUAUAAUGCAACAGCACACGGGCCAACAUCUUCUCUCUGCCGUAUUUGACACUUUUGAGAUGGAAACUUUGAGCUGGUCGAUGGGCGACGAGAUCAACUACAUUGAAUUGCCCGAGAAAGUCGCUGACGAGAUGGUGCAGCAAGUGCAAUCCAAAGUCAACGAUUUGAUAUUUGAAGCGCAUCCAAUUACGGUGGUGACACCGGAUUCGCACGGUGGAGAUGUAGAUACGAGCCAUUUGCCACUGGAUUACGAUCAGAGCCAAGGGAUAAUCCGCAUUGUCAAGAUUGGAGAGUUGGACUCGAAUCCAUGCUGCGGCACGCACUUGUCCAACACGGCCCAGAUCCAGGCGCUCGUGUUGUUGAAUCAGACUUCGAUACGUGGGGGUCACUCGAGAUUGUAUUUUGCUUGUGGGGCUCGAGUUUCGCGAUUGACGGCACGAUAUCAUGACAUUUUGAAAGUUGUCUCGGGCUCGAAACUAUCGUGCCAGUUUGAUGAUAUUGCCACCAAGAUCGACCAAUUGAGCGCCAAUUAUCGCAAGGCUAACUCGAGCGUGACAAGUUUGAGUAAAGAGUUGGCAAAUGUGAAAGCUACGGAAGUAUUCAACAAGUUUAGUAAUGCUAAAAGUGGUGAAAAAAAUGAGGAGAAGGAGGAGGAGGAGGAGGAGGAGGAGGAGGAAGAGGAGGAGGAGGAGGAGAAGGAGCAAAAGGGAGAUGUGGCUUACGUAUAUCGUGCGGACAACAAUGCCGAGUUUUUGAGUCUAGUGCAGAAGGAACUAGUCACCAUGAUCAAUGCAGAUAAAUCUAGCGGCGUUGAUUUAGUAAAUAAGCAUACAUUGGUAUUGAUCAACGGCAACGCAAAGUCAAGUGGAGGCACUCUCAAGAUCCUCGGCCCCAAGUCUGGUCAGAUCGUAGAUCAGAUCAAGCUAAAACUCACUAACCUCAAAGGUGGAGGCAAGGGAUCAUCAUAUCAGGGCAAAAUUACAAAUUUCGAAAAGGGCGAGCUCGAAUUGGUAUUAGCCUAUUUAGACUCUUUAUAA